AGAUUGGAAAUGAUGGCAAUAUAUCUGGCAAUAUAUCUCGUUAUAAUGUGAUGACGUCACUGUGAUAUAAUCUCCCGUUCCUAUGGUUACUAGCUCACUUACAUGAGAUUAAGUGAUAACGUACAAUCUUUCCAAUGCUGGGAUGAACUCGUUGAAGAAUGUCAAGGUGAACUUAAGUUUGUGGACGAGGUGAAGAGUUACUUCACACAGCGUAAGAAGCUAGAAGAGGACUAUGCUGAGAGCAUCAGACGUCUUGACUCCCAGUUUAUUAAGCAAUGUAAUAACCUGACUACUACUUACGGGACUAAAACAUGGUUAAAACUACUGGACCAGAGCUCCAGAGCUGCAGACUGUAUGAGCAAGGGGGUGGAGACCUUCGAGACGGAGAUUUUACCUGGAAUAAGUGCGGUAUCAGAAAAGAAGAAGAAAGCGAUAAUAGAUCUGGUAACAACUAAAAACAGACUAGAAUCUCACAUGUCAUUGGUCGGGAAGGAUAUCACAAAGUUACAGAACUCUAUUGAAGAUUUCGCUAAAGCAACAGAGGCUAACAAGAUUAAAUACGAGGAGGGGACGAGAGAAAGGUCAAAUAUUGAUUAUAAGGAGAAAUACAAAACAAGGUUCGUAUCGAACGCAGCGAAACUUCAAGAGUACAACAACGACUAUAACAUCCUUCUAAACGUAGUGUCAAUGCAUGAGGUGUCGUAUAUCGAGCACAUCCUCCCUGCCUGGAUAGACUACCAUCAACAUCUCCUCACUAACCAGAUUGCUGAUAUCAAGUCAUUGCUGAGGUUUAGUUUCGAGAUACUUCUCCAUCAUGACGAGGGUUACACGCUGGCUAUGUCCAACAUCUACUCUUACAUCAGCAAGAUUAAUUUCGACUCUGAGUACACCGACUUCACCUUGUCCCACGACCGGUGCAACACCUUGAAACCAUGUAACGAGGAGUACAACACGUCUCUCCAGAAGUACACCUCUCUAAACCUGCCCAUAAAGCAGCUAAUAGUUAACGAGCUGACUGACUACACACUGCGUGCUAAACUAGAUGCUCACAAGACAGACCUGAAGUAUAUAGACGAGAAGCUGGAGGCGAAGUCUCAGAAACUGGAACAGUAUGAGACUGAGGGUGGGGAGAAGACUGACGAGUCUAAGAAACUGAACAUCAAGGCUCACUUGCAUGAGUUAGGCGCACAGAGAUGCCGGUACCAGAUGACAGUGAACUUUAUAUCAGAUAGUGUAGAGCAGUGGAAGGGGAAACCGUUAGAGCCGUUCUACAAACUACUCCCUUGUACUUUAGACCCUAUCAGAGGGAACACACUGUCUAACAUCAGUCAGAGUAUGAUGUUACCGCAGUGUUUGGGAGCUGUCUCUCCUGCUACUCAGAGACGGCCAAAUGCAACUCUAACUAAGAUCAAGAAUCUUCUGACACUGGGACGACAGACUUCGUUCGAUAACACUAAAGACCUCAACCUUGAAAGUUUAUUAAUCCAAACGUACUUUACCCACCGAUCCUGUUGUUUGUUUGACCAAAUAUACGACAGGCCGGGAACACCAGUAGCGAUGAAGUGGGAGGAAGAUGAAGAUAAGGACUAUGUAAUAAUGACGAAGGAGGAUGAGGCUUCCAACAGUUCGGGUAACAGUAACGAGGAGGAGGAGGCUGAGUGCCCUAAAGUACUUCUAGAGACCGACUCUAAUGACUCGCUGGAGAACCAGCCGUGGUUCCACAACGACAUAACCCGGCAAGAAACAGCAGAGCUGCUCCAGAGUAAAGGACAGUUUCUGAUCAGGAAGACUAUAGACUCUAAACGUCGCACUGCGGUUCUUGUGCUGAGUGUGAACGCUGGGAGUGUCGGGAUCAAACACUUUAUAAUGCAGAUCAAUGAUAAGGGACAGUUUAGAUUAGAGGGAACCUGGUUCAAUUCCAUCCAACAGCUUCUUAACUAUCAUAUUGAUACUGGUAAGCCGAUAACGAAUAAGAUGAACGUAGGAAUAAGGAUAGCAGUGCUCAGAGACAGGUGGAACUUGCACCACAGAGACAUUCGACUCAAACAGUUCCUCGGCAAAGGUAAUUUUGGAGACGUGUAUCAAGCUCAACUGCUGACUAAUUCACGUGAAGUAGCGGUAAAAACUUGCCGAGAUCCAGAUUCUUUCAGAGACAAAUUCCUUGAGGAGGCAGAUACUCUCAAGAAGUUCAAACACAAGAAUGUAGUUAAAUUGUUGGGUAUUUGUUGUGACGAGAUGCCGUACUAUAUUGUCAUGGAGUUCAUGAACAAUGGAAGUUUGCUCUCCAUCUUGCAAGAGGGACCACUGCAAUCUAUAAAGCAACUAGUCCACUACUGCGAGCAAGCAGCGGCCGGUAUGCUCUACCUACAUACUCAGAACUAUAUCCACCGUGAUCUAGCUGCGAGGAACUGUUUAGUUCACAACCACACGUUACUGAAGAUAUCAGACUUUGGCAUGUCCAGAUACCAGGGGGAGAAUAGCAUCUACAUCAGCAAGAUGAAACAGAUCCCGAUAAGAUGGACAGCUCCAGAAUGCUUGAUGUUCAGGACGUACACGUUUAAGUCAGAUAUCUGGAGUUAUGGGAUACUCAUGUGGGAAAUCUUCAACAAAGGUGGAUAUCCGUAUAACGAUAUGAGUAACAGAGAUGUUAAGGACCAGAUAGAUGCAGGAUAUAGACUUCCUAAAUCUAGAGACACACCUCCGAACAUAUACCAGAUAAUGUUUAGCUGUUGGAAGUAUGAGCCAAAAGGACGGCCCUCCUUUGAUGAGAUCCACCAAGCUGUGAAGGGUAUUUACAUUGAAUUCUACGCUGACAUUCCCCGACUAAGCUCUAUCUCUAGUACCGGCAGUAAAAGUUCAUAACACCUCACUCUAAGAUCCUAACUAAACUUAUACUUACUCUCUCCGACCUUGUCACGUGUUGCUAGGUCACGUGUUGCUAGAUCACGUGUUGCUAGAUCACGUGUUGCUAGGUCACGUGUUGCUAGGUGACUACUUACUGCGAACUCUCCGACCUUGUCAUGUGUUGCUAGGUCACGUGUUGCUAGGUCACGUGUUGCUAGGUGACUACUUACUGCGAACUCUCCGACCUUGUCAUGUGUUGCUAGGUCACGUGUUGCUAGGUGACUACUUACUGCGAACUCUCCGACCUUGUCAUGUGUUGCUAGGUCACGUGUUGCUAGGUCACGUGUUGCUAGGUGACUACUUACUGCGAACUCUUCGACCUUGUUUGGGGAGACGAUUCACUGAUCCGACUAUGUUUAAUUUUUAAAUUCUCGUUCAUUUCCACAAAUGAUUAUAGAAUUAAAUUCAUGUAUGUUUGAUGCGAUAGAAACUGUUUCUCGAUACCUUUUGGGAAGGACCACUUAAAGUUUAUAAUUUCACUAAUUCAUGAACCAGCAACAUAUUGAACUGAUCUUAUUUUGUUUGUUUCCAAAAUGUUUUUUGAUUAAAAUACUAUCUAACCGUAUGUUUUAAGAUGAGAAACACGUUUAAAAGAUAUUUUAUUUUCAUUUGACACAUUUUACCCGCUUUGUAUUUUAAUUUUUACCGGAAAUAGAUAUUUUUGUGUACAUGUUUUACGUAUUUUGUUAGACUUACAUUUUAUGAUUUAUAAAGUAAGUAAAUUUAUGAUUUAUAAUCAACUCUUUGACCGUACAACUUGCGUCACAUUUUCAUUGCUUAUGAGGUCAAGAAACGGAAUCAACUACAUGCUAUAAUACUAUCCAGCGUUCUUGUUCUUUUGUUUGUAAUGGACGCUGUCAACUUAACACCUUUAAAUUGUGCUGGCCUUGUUUGGAAGUUCAAAAUUCCUGGAACAUUUUGUGUAUAAAAUGGAGCGCGCGUUAGUGUUUUACGUAAAGUUUCAGCAUAGCAGGCACGUGAGUUUUUAUUAUAAUUUUUUAGAUCCGACGAUAUUUAAGUAAUAAUUCUAUCUUUGAUCAUUC